AUGGAGGCGUACAAUGGACUCGUCACAUUCCUUCCAGACUCCAAACUCCUGCUCAACGCAUCCCACCUAGGGCUCAGCGAACUUGACAGACUGCCAACAGCCGAUCGCAUCAUCCGAGGCACCUUGAUAGACUCCAACGACGGCCAUCGCAUCUUGUCACAUCCCUCCGUCCUCAACAUAUACGCAAAUGGCUGCAGAGACGGGGCGGGAGGCAUCAAUUGCACCAUGGCCUGUGCGGAUCACGAUCUUCUGUUUCAGGACUGGCAGACGCAGUGGAAUUGCUUGACUCUGGCGACCAUGGCGACGUAUGAGCCGUACCCUCACGACUAUAGCAACUCGGAUACCGCUGGCGAUACGGCUGAGAUCUUGGAGUAUCUAGCGGUCCCCGAUCUCACCAAGUUUGACGCUGUCGAUGUCUUCAAAAGUUUCCACGCCUGCGCAAACGGGAGCUCUGCUUUGGACGGAGAUUAUGGGAAUCUUGCCAGACCGCCCGACGCUUCAGGGGCUGCCCAUGCAUCCAUGCGCCAUCCUCCAGACAUUCAUGCAUGGGGCCUAGAGUUGUCUCAGCUCUGUGACGUGGGCUACAUUGAGAACUUCAAGGUAGACCCCGAUCUUGCUGGGCCAGGGGUGGUGUUGGCAUAUAUACUGGCCCAUGCCAUCGUCUUCUACGCGUGGCUGUGCAUCCGCAUCCUUCAUAUUGCGAGCAGCAUUGACUGGUUUGCGACAUUGACCCGGUACAAAGGCAGAGUGUACUCGUUGAUUACGUUCCAGGGCUCUCGCUUGGCCAAGCGCAUCGACUACGCUACCAGUACCUUCAUCGUCGAGCUGCAGGAAGCCCAGUGCUUCUUCAUAUCAGCCGUCCAGAUUGGCCUGCUGUAUGCUGCUUCCCAGCCGGCCAUUGCACCGACCGAUCAAUGGCAAAGCUUCCUGACCAAUCGCCUGCUCAUGAGAGACCUCACAAUCAUUGCUGUACUGCCACUCCUCUUGAACCAAGUUACGCUCUACAAACUGCAACUGGGCUCGUACUACUCGCUGUUACUGUGCACUCUUGCAUUGGUCAUGUCGUUCAUGAGCACCCGGGCUUCUGUUCUGGCGGGACUGGACAUUGACGCCAUCUGCUACUGGACAUGGUCGUACCGCUCGAAACCAUGCGGCGGCAAGUCGGACAUAACGGCCUUUUGUCGCUUCCGCUACUACGACGGUGCGAGGAUUGACCAGCCCGAGUUCCUCAUGGCCAUUGCUGCGACUACUCUGGGCCUCAUCUGGUUCAAGAAGCUGUGGGCAGAGUUUGCAGGAACCCUGUGGCUGAGCAACUGCUCGCGGUUUGCCUCGUCUCGCAUGCUGACGAGCUUUCACGCUGACGCUCCUCAUCAGUCGGCGUUGAACGAAGUUUUGCGAUUCGGCUUUCCAAAGCGUUUGCUGUGA